CAGUCAGUUCUUACAGGCACCGUUAAUAUGACUCUGUAGGCUACACAUCCUAGUUAGUUUGUAUAUAAUAGCACAUUAUUGCAGUCAUAACUGUAGCUGUGACCUCCACCUUGUGGAGAAUCUCGCAAAGCUCAUUUCAUCCCAGCUCUACACAGGCAAGAGGGAGGCCUGUACGGACACACUGAGGGAAAAUUCCCCAAAAGGUCCACGCUGAUUUCAGCCUUUUUACUUUAACUCAUGUUGUUGCUGUUGUCGGACUGAACGGAGAAGGAAACGUGGACAGGACACGUCACUUUUCUUUACCAAAUGUUUCAAGCUGUUUUGCUGAGAAUCACUUAGAUUUAUUUAUUAAUUGCACGUUACAAUAGAAAAUGACGGAACAGUCCUCGUUGUUACUACGUAAACAGUUAGCAGAGCUCAACAAAAACCCAGUGGAGGGUUUUUCCGCGGGUCUCGUGGAUGAUGAUGACAUCUACCAGUGGGAGGUGGUCGUUAUCGGACCUCAGGACACGUUAUUCGAAGGAGGUUUCUUCAAAGCCACAUUAACUUUUCCUCAUGAUUAUCCUCUGAGGCCUCCAAAGAUGAAGUUCAUCACAGAAGUGUGGCAUCCAAACGUGGCAAAAAAUGGCGACGUUUGCAUUUCUAUCCUGCAUGAACCUGGUGAGGACAAGUACGGGUACGAGAAGCCUGAGGAGCGCUGGCUGCCGAUCCACACGGUGGAGACCAUCAUGAUCAGUGUUAUAUCCAUGCUGGCAGACCCCAAUGGAGAUUCUCCUGCCAAUGUGGACGCAGCUAAAGAAUGGAGAGAAGAUCCUACUGGAGUCUUUAAGAAAAAGGUGGCACGUUGUGUGCGAAGAAGCCAAGAAAUGGCAUUUGACUAAGGCCAACACAGUUGGUCGGCUGGUUACAGACUCAGCUCUAAGAUCAUUGGAUUAAGGUUCAUCAACAUCACACAGACGUUGUUUUGAGUAGUCACAUUUCUUUUUGGUUAAGUUUAGUUAAGUUUCAGCAUUUUGUUCACAGAAAGAUAAAUCAGAGUAUUACUUCUGUUAUGUACAUACUUAGCAGAUUUCUGAAGAAAAUACCCUAUUUUCUAAAUUGACCUAUUUAUUUAGCAAAAUAAUCUUCUGAGCCUGUUUUCCACCUGCUACAUUGAGCCGUCUAGUAUAUUGUUUAUUUAAUGCUAUUUACAGUUAUUAAAGAGAUGGAGACACUGGCCUUUUUUGCCUGCAUGUACAAAUUCUUCUGCAGAGAACUUCUCCCACCAGCGCUGCCUUAACUUCAACUGCACUGAAGGCUUAAUUCAACGCAGAGAAAAUGUGUUCAUGUAAUAAAGAUGCUCUAUUUUUA